CGACGAUCCGUUCGAUCUCCGGUUCGUCUCGCGCUCCAUCUCGCUUACCCCCUUCGGGACCGGUACUUGCGCUCCCCGUCACGUGAAGUCGACUCUGUACCUUGUCUUCGUGUUGCCGGUUUUCUUUCGGUUCAGCCAUUGGUACCCCACGUCAUCGAUUGGUUGCGCUGAACGCCGGUUCCACAAUGAGGUAGUCGCAGCCACUUUGGGUUCCUUCGACGGGAUCGGGAGAUCCGUUCAGUGGGAACGCGAGGAAAGUGUCCGUAAAGGACCGUGCUGAUCCCCGCGAUCGGUCCCGUGGGCGCAGGAAAUAGGCGAGAGAGGAGGGUGGAAACGAAGGAACUAGGCAGGCAGGGAAGCAGCGGGCUCGGUGAGUUGGGUGAAAAUCGAUGGCCAUCAGCGCCCAUGGGCGGCCUCGCGUUUAGGACAAGGAAUAGCCCCUCCCAGAAGACCUCGCUCCGGUGGGGUGACUGCUGCCCCCCAAAUCCCAACCAAGCGUCGUCGUCGGUCGUCUGGAAGCAUCGUCUUCAAGAAAUGCCGCCGGUGCCCGUGUGAGGCUGCCCCCCGCUGUUGCGUGAUUGUACCUCGCGGGGAUUUCAAAGAUAUCCAGACAAUCCCAAAGCGGAUCACCCGCCGAACUUCUCGGACCUACGUCUCCGUCAGCUCGAGCUCACGCCGGUGGACCCCUACUCCCCGAAAAUGAUCAACAUCGCCGGGGUAAUUUCCAUCGUUCUCUUUUACCUGCUGAUCUUGGGCGUGGGAAUAUGGGCGGCCAGGAAAAAAGAAGCGGGCAACGACUCCGAGGAGGAGGUCAUGCUGGCUGGCCGCUCGAUCGGGCUCUUCGUCGGGAUAUUCACGAUGACGGCGACCUGGGUCGGUGGUGGUUACAUCAACGGCACCGCCGAGGCAAUCUACACCAGGGGUCUGGUCUGGUGCCAGGCACCCUUUGGAUAUGCUCUCAGCCUCGUUUUCGGUGGUAUUUUCUUCGCGAACAAGAUGCGACAGCAGGGGUACGUCACGAUGUUGGAUCCGCUUCAAGACGCGUUCGGGGAGCGUAUGGGCGGCCUCCUCUUUCUGCCUGCUCUGUGCGGCGAGGUUUUCUGGGCGGCGGGUAUCCUAGCAGCACUUGGCGCCACGCUGGCGGUCAUCAUCGACAUGGACCAGGGCACUUCCGUCAUCCUGAGCGCCUGCAUCGCUGUUUUCUACACCCUCUUCGGCGGUCUCUACUCCGUCGCUUAUACCGACGUCAUUCAGCUCUUCUGCAUAUUCAUCGGUCUGUGGAUGUGUAUCCCGUUCGCUUGGUCCAAUCCGAAGGUACAAUCCCUUAGUUCCAUGGACGUUGAUUGGAUCGGCAAAGUGAGUCCCGAGGAAUAUUGGUAUUAUUUGGAUUACGGUUUACUUUUGAUAUUCGGCGGUAUACCUUGGCAAGUGUACUUCCAACGUGUCCUCUCCUCGAAAACCGCGGGGAGAGCUCAAGUAUUGAGUUACGUUGCCGCUAUGGGUUGCAUCCUGAUGGCCAUUCCCCCCGUUUUGAUUGGAGCGAUUGCCAAAGCAACUCCUUGGAACGAGACGGAGUAUACUGGUCCUUAUCCUUUCACGGAGACGGAAACCAGCAUGAUUUUACCGUUGGUCUUGCAACACCUGACACCGGACUUCGUUUCCUUUUUCGGGCUGGGGGCGGUAUCGGCGGCGGUGAUGUCUUCUGCGGACAGCAGCAUCCUCUCUGCUAGUUCGAUGUUUGCUAGAAACAUUUAUAAAUUGAUCUUCCGUCAGCGGGCGUCAGAGAUGGAGAUCAUCUGGGUGAUGCGAGCGGGAAUCGGCGUGGUUGGCGUACUGAGCACCGUGAUGGCCCUCACGAUACCGUCGAUCUACGGCCUCUGGUCCAUGUGCUCGGAUUUGGUCUACGUGAUUCUGUUCCCGCAGCUGCUGAUGGUGGUGCAUUUCAAGGACUAUUGCAACACCUACGGCAGUCUAUCAGCGUACAUAAUCGCCUUCCUGGUGCGCGUCAGCGGCGGCGAACCGAUGAUGGGGUUGCCCCCGCUAAUACGCUACCCGGGCUACGACGAGAAGACAUCGACGCAAAUGUUCCCAUUCAGGACAAUGGCGAUGCUGAUGUCGCUAAUAACUCUGGUGGGAGUGUCGUAUGGCACGCAGUUCGCCUUCCUGACCGGGCGGCUCGCCCCGGGUUACGACGUCUUCAGAUGCGUGGUGAACAUCCCGGAGGACGUCGAGCGAGUGGGCCCGGACCCGGCCGAGGGUGAGCAGAUGGCGGUCCUAGCUGCGGGUGUCGGCAGGCUCUACGGCAGCAAGGACGAAUCGAACGGCCGAGUGAAUCCUGCGCUCGAGCCGGACUACGACAUGGAGCCGGGAUGUACGAUGGUCGGAGGUACAAUGGACGGCAUCGUCUGCGACGGCGGUGGCGGCGGCGGCGGCGGCUCGGCACCUGGUGGUGGACACCUGGUGCCACAUGUGCCCGGCGGCGCUUCCCGUCAGCCACAAUCCAGCACCGCGUUCUAAUUCCUGGUUCCGUGAUCGGAUGCUGUGACCAACAAUAAGUGCGGCGGUGCGGGUCUCUCUGUCUUUCGUCUCCACCCUCCUCUCACGAUCCUCUUCUCUUGCUCC